GAGAGAGAGAGAGAGAGAGAGAGAGAGGGAGUGAUGUGAUAAUGGGUGGCUAUGAAUUGAUGUUUGCGAUUGAGGCGUGCUGUUCUUGAUUGACUGAUCAUGUGAGAUGGGUACACUUUUGAGAUGGGCUGUUAGUACUUGUGAAUGGACCCAAAAUUGGGACUUGAUGGGAAUCCAAGUAUAGGGAUCUGUAGUAAACACUGAAGAGGACAAUACUUGAAAGUGAAUUGGGUUUUGUGGGGGAGAAACAGAGAAAUAAAUAAUGUCUUCGGGGAUAAAUUUAGUGAUGACAGUGAUAGGUUUUGCAGUGAGUACCAUGUUCAUUGUAUUUGUUUGCACAAGGCUCAUUUGUGCCCGAAUUCAAUUGACUGCUUCAAGGGGGGCCUUCCCUAUGGCUUCUAGAUCUGAUCUUAGCAUACUAGAACGGGGUUUACAUGGACUUGAUCCGCUUGUUGUAGCCAAUUUUCCGACAAAGAAGUACAGCGAUCCUCUUUUUUCCUCUGCAAAAGAUGCUCAGUGCACGGUUUGCCUUGUGGAAUAUUAUAAAGAAGAUACGUUGCGCAUCCUACCUUUCUGUGGACACUCCUAUCAUGCAACCUGUAUUGACAUAUGGCUGCAGCAGCAUUCCACGUGUCCUAUUUGCCGUAUUUCAUUGCGUGAUCAUCCUGAGAAAAAGCGCUUGAUGCAACCCAUGUUUAGUUCAGCUGUCCGAUAUCAAUAUGACAUGGAGUCCCUUGACACAAAUCCGUUUUGCUUUUUAUCACCUGGCCAUGGGCUCUCUUCGAGACUGCAUGAGAACUGUCGGAUGGAACCUUUACAGGAGGAUCAGUUUCGAUCUGAGGGUAAUGGACCAGUGGCGGGUGAAAACAGCUCCAUCUUGAUUGAGGAUGAUCAGAUCUUAAAAGGCACAGGGAACAAGCAUGUGGAGAGCCCAUCAAAUUCUUAAAUCCAAGUGUUUGAAUUCCAGAGAAGUUGGGAUUGACAUUCAGUUAGAUUAUGUCUCAGGAAGUUGAUUGUUUUCCCCUUCUGACUUUCUGUAGAAAUAGCUAAGUAAUUCUGUUCUUUCAUUUUGAUUUCUCCUCUUCUUGUUCUUUUAACUGUAGCUGGUUUGUGAGCAGUUUUGCUAGUUCAGAUGUAAAAUCAAGAAUUGCAGGGACUGCAUGAUUUGCGUUUCAAAAAAUAGUAUCCGAAAACAGUUUUUGAAAAGAGUUUAAAGAAAGUG